UCAAGGCUAAUCGCCAAGUUGUCCUCCUAUUCCUAGCUCAUCGCGAAACGGAAUCCCAAAACCACUCUUUUUCUCUCUUAGACUUCGCCCAACUGGCUGCGAUCACCAUGUACCUCCUCAAGGCAGCAAAGCUGCUGCUCUCAGCUAGCUUAUUCAGUGCAGCCGCCGCCCACCACAUCCAGCUCCCUGCCCAUGGACGGGAAUGCUUCCACGAGAAUCUGCAUCGCGAUGACACCAUGACAGUGACGUUCCAGGUCGGCGACCGCGAGUUUGGUAGUGCAGGAAACCUGGAUGUCGAUUUCUGGAUCACCAACCCAAUGGGUCAAUACGAGGUCUUCGAGAAGUCGAUAUCGAACGGCGACUACUCCUUUGAGGCCAAGCACGACGGCAAAUACGUCUACUGCUUCGGCAACGAGCACUGGGGCGCGUCGAGCAAGGAGGUCUCCUUCAACGUUCACGGCAUCGUCUAUGUCUCCGAGUCGGAUGCGCCACAGGACCCCCUCGAGGUCGAGGUCCGCAAGCUGUCCGAGCUGCUCAGCCAGGUCAAGGACGAGCAGUCCUACAUUGUGAUUCGCGAGAGGACCCACCGGAACACGGCUGAGAGCACAAACGGCCGGGUCAAGUGGUGGAACUUGUUUGUUAUGGGCGUCGUUUUUGGCGAGUCUGUCUUCCAAGUCUGGUGGCUCAGGAGAUUCUUCGAGGUGAAGCGAGUGGUCUAGUCCUGCUGCCACUGAUUUUCAAUACCCGUCUUGUUCAAGGCAUAAUUUUAAACAUGGCGCUGGAGGGUGGAAUGCAAAAAUGGUCCGGUUGCUUGGUCGCUUGAAGCCUGUUAAUCCUUCCUGUACUCUAUCGGCAAUGGCAGCGGUCGGUGUUGCCGCCAUUCAUCCUCUAAGGGGCUAGCUAGUAACUCACAACAAGCUAGGGGGAUGGCCGAGUCGAGUCCAGUCAUGCCGGAGACCAAUGAUUUCAGAAUCCAACGUGUCUUUAUGUAAUCGAUGGCCCAAAGUCCAUCAUCCGUAUCUGCCAAUGUGUUCUAUAAACGCGGUCAUGCUAAAAACGCAAUGUUCUAAAUGGCUGCCUGCAUUGUCAUAA